ACCAAGAUGUCAUUUCAAGGAAGUUGGUGUGGACUGCUACUUAUAUUCAGUUUACUUUUGAUAAAUCUUAAAAAUGGUGCAAGAGCUGCAUCACCGCAGUGCAAGUCCACCGAGAUCCUGUCCGAAAAUGGCUGCGUGGACCGCGAAUUCUUCCUGAACCGAAUCAUCUUGCGAUCCUGGAAGGAUCAGGGCUUCGAGAGGGCCAAGGCCAGAGCUGGCCUGGUGGAUGAAAUGAAGUGCCGGGAAAACGAGAUCAGGACACCUUUUGGCUGCUCGAAGCCACCAUUUCCACCGCGCAGGGACACCGCAAGGUCGGAUGUGCACCACAGCAUUUUGCUCGGCGACCAGAUCAUAUUCUCCAAUUUUGGCGAGGCACGAGGCUCCUAUAAGGCACCGGUCAUGACGGCUAAGGAGAAGAGGGUUCCCUACUCAGGACCCCCCAUUUCGGCACACAAUCGUAUCCGCAAGCACUACAUCAUACCGGGCCGGUUGCUUCGGACUGGACGCAGGUGUCGGCCAUAUGAAUUCCUUGGACAAGAUGGACAAUGCCAUCGAAGGAAGGGCAAAAAAGGGAACUACGAGCACAAGGAUCACGUAUACGGACUGCAAUUGAGACACCGUCAUGAAGCCAAGCCGCCUGGCUAGUUUUCCAGUUUCAAAAAUAAGAAUAAACCAAAUAAGAGCCCUUAUCAAUUCCA